GCGUCCCCCAGGGUCUUUGCCAUGCCGCUUGCUCCCUUACCUUCACAAGGUACUGGCAGAAGUAUCUUUGACAAGCAGCCUAGGAACGAAUAAACCUAAAAAAUGGCCGUUUCCAUUAGGAUUGAGCCGUCCGACUUUGUCGUGCCGACCGGGCCAGCUGUGGUUUUGGUCAAGAUCGACCGAGAGGCGUUUCAGCAUCUUGCUCCCUCCAUGAACCCCCUAUCGGAAUCCGAUAGCGCUUCGGCCGUCCUAAGAAAGGGCAAACCCGCCGUCGCGUAUGCCAUCCGCCAGUUGAGCGACAUGCUCUUUGGUGACGAUAUCGCGCCCUCUGUGAUCAGACGUGUGCUUCCGCAACCUGGUGUCCGCAGCCCUAGGGACUCGGAGCCGCUAUUUCAGUCCAAAUACGUCUGUUUCUACUGGCUGCGGCAUAUUCCAGCCGGAGAACACCUGUCUUCGGCUCUAGUUGAGCUGACGUCCGCGUCGGAGCCUAUCGAUAACUACCUUGACUUCCACGCCGUCGAGGUUGCUGACGAGGAUUACAAAGUGCGCACCAUCGCGUCCAUUUUUGUUGAUGAGGCGCACCUAGAAGAGGCUCAGGCUUAGGAUCAGGCUCAGGAUCAGGCUCAGGAUCAGGCUUAGGCCGCGCUGUAAGAGUACUCCCAAUACCAAUUAGGUCCUAGGUAGGGGCA